AUGAUUUAUGCUACUACCGUAUGUAAGGAACGUAAUCGAGCUCCACUUAGCUAUUCACCAUACAUUUUCAUUCACGGCUUCGGGAUUUAUAGCACUUGUAGAGCAAUUUACUCAAUUUAUGAAUGGUCGUCUGAUGAAAAGGUCUGUAUUCCAGUAUCCUGCAUCAACCUGGUUGGGGGCAAGUGCUUGAUCAAGUACAAUCGAUACACGUACGGUACCCACUGCAGGUUGAAGCAUGGGGAUCGAUGGAGGUGCAACCAGUACGUCCAAACUGGAUGCAAGGCCCAUCUGGUACUAGAUGAACGUCUAAACGUCCUCAAAAAGAACGAAGUCCACCACCAUGCUCCUCCAUUGUACUUGCGUAGAAUUGAUGGAUUGUAUGCCAAAGUAGAGAAGAAACCAAACUUGUCAGCAAUACCAGUCAGCUAUUUGAAAGCUGCUUACAAAGAGUAUAUAAAAAAAGUUUCCGUAAUGACACGUGCGCGUUAA